AUGAAGGGUUUCCUUGUCCUCCUGCUGGGAGCACUCCUGUGCUUGGACUCAGGUUCUUCUUUGCAGUGUUACAGCUGCACAUCACAGCUCAGCAACUCCAACUGUCAGAUGACGGUGGACUGCAAGGAAAAGGAAAUGUGCAAGACAGAUGUGAUCAGGAUUGUAGGGUUCUUCAACAUCAUCAACAAGGGCUGUGACUCAUCAUGCAAACCACUCUAUCAGGACUUCAGCGUGGGCAACAGAAAUGUCUCCUGCUGCAGCAGCGACCUCUGCAACUUUAACGCAGCGGGCAGUGUGAGGUACAGCUCUGGGAUGGCAGCAGGGAUAGUAGCCAGUGUGCUCUGGCCCUUCCUGAACAACAGACUGUGA